AUGACUGAGACUUAUAAGGAUUGGCACGAGAAGUUACCAUUUACCCUUUUUGCCUAUCGAACGUCUAUCAGAACCUCUACCGGGGCAACACCUUUCUCAUUGGUGUAUGGAAUGGAGGCAAUUUUGCCCAUUGAAGUAGAGAUCCCUUCCCUCCUAGUUUUAUCAGAACUGAAACUAGAUGAAGUGGAAUGGAUUCAAUCCCGAUAUGAUCAACUGAAUUUGAUUGAAGAAAAGAGGGGAAUUCCACGAAGGAGACUUGGUACUGAAGAAAAUUCUCCCCAUACAAAAAGACUUUUGAGGAAAGUGGAUGUCAAAUUGGGAAGGACCUUAUGUGGUAAAGAAAGCCUUUUCUGGAGGAACGUUGAUUUUGACCGAGAUGGAUGGAAAGAACAUGCCUAA